UUUAGCAGGCUAAGCAGAUGAGUGAGCGCUUAUGGUGAUUUCGUUAGAUCUGCGUGAAUAAACCAAUCGUAACAAAGAAUCACUGAGCGCUCACUGACCGGGACUGUCUGCUGAACGGCCAGUGUCAGCGAAAACAGCUUAUCCGCGCCCGUGUCAGCUGAAGAUCACAUGCACUACCGCUGAUCGCUCUAGCCCGUCCUGUCUGCCGGAGUAUAUAAUCUCGGUUUUUGUACCCUGCGCCGGUCUUAUUUUUCUCGAGUAUCACCCACGACGGUGUCGUGCGUUCUGAAUUCAAGUUCUCGGUACUGGCUGCGAAUCCUUGCGAUAACCGCGAAUUCUUCGUGCCGAAACCCGAACAGUCGCAACGCGACGUCCACUGAAAGCCGUGUACAUACGCAAGCCACAUUGAUAUAAGCAUCUAUAGAACAUAUAGCACGAUGGAACGACAAGUUUUUAUUGGUCCAUUAAUUCAUACAAAUGAAAAUGAAAAAUUGAUUAUUAAGAAGUACGUUGCUGUAUUUAUUGAGGAUGGCGAGAUUACUAAGGUUGAGGAGGAUCCACCAACAAAUCAAGAGAGGAUAAAUGAUUUUGUCGCAGACUUUUGUGCAAAUAAUAAAGUUAAUGUUUUAUCACUUGGACAGUUUAUGACGCCCGGAUUUAUCGAUGGCCAUACUCAUGCAAACCAGUUUCCGAAUCUUGGACUGAGUUAUAAAAGACAUGUCUUAGACUGGGUGAAGAUUUAUACCUAUCCGCUGGAGAAACGGUAUAAGAAUACAAAAUUUGCAGAGCGAGUGUUUGAGGCAGUUGUGAAACGGACUAUCGAAAUGGGUACAACAACGGCGUGCUACUUUGCAUCUUUAUAUAACGAGGCGUCUGAGAUCCUUGCGAAAAAAACUGCGAAGCUGGGUCAACGAGCUUUCAUCGGGAAAGUGAACAUGAACACUUCGCAUGACCAUGGAUAUUACGAAAGCACCAAGGAGUCAAUUGAGAACACACGGACUUUCAUAAAGUCUAUUGACCAUAUGAAGCCACUUGUGAAGCCGAUCAUCACGCCUAGAUUCGCGUUGAGCUGCGACAUGGACUUAAUGCGACAGCUGGCAAACAUCGCCAAGGAGAACGACUUGCAUAUACAGACUCAUGUCUCUGAAAAUAAGGACGAGGUAAUAGAAGUGAAACGAGUUUAUCCAGACCAGCCUACGUAUGCGGCUGUGUAUGAUUCUGCUGGUCUUCUUACUAGUAAGACAAUUUUAGCGCACGGAAUCUAUCUCGAAAACAGCGAGCUUACUCUUCUCAAAGAACGAGGAACAGCUGUAAUUCACUGUCCCUCUUCAAAUCUGAAACACGGCCUUUGCGACGUGCAGAGAUUAAAGACUAGCGGUAUCAAGGUCGGACUUGGAACAGAUGUUUCUGGAGGAGCCAGUUACAGUAUGUUGAACGAGAUGAGAUCGGCUUUACAAGUAUCAAAAUCUCUAUCUUUAACGAGAGACAAUUAUACGCCGCUUAAUUACAAAGAAGUCUUCCAUAUGGCAACAUUGGGAGGCGCCAAAGCACUCUCAAUUGACGACAAAGUCGGUAAUUUGGAGUCAGGCAAACAAUUCGAUGCUCUCAUAAUUGACAUGGACGCAAAAGACAGCUUGUUGGAUAAUUUCAAAGAAUACACGCUUGAGGAGAACUUUCAGAGAUUUAUAUACGCCGGUGAUGAACGUAAUAUAGUAUCAGUAUAUGUAAAUGGUAGGAAAGUUAAAUAAGAAGCUUUCCUACUGUUUAUGUACAUAUAAAAUAUUUUCAAAUAUUUUAGAAUGUUUUGUAAUUUGUCAAGUAAAAAAUCUUUAUCUUCGUA